AAAUUAAAUAAGACUUUAGAAAAUAUCAAACAAAGAAAUAAAAAACUUCUAUUAUCAGCAAACUCUAAUCAACAAGAACAAAAUGAUGCAAAAAAUGAUGCACAUAUGGACUUAGAAAAAACUAAUCCUAGCUUACAAGAAAAUGAUUUAACACAAGAUAAACAAAAUGGGUUUUUGUCACCUUCAAUGAAAAUAGACAACAAUAAAAGAAACUUUACACUAAGUAAAGAUAAGGACCUCUCAUCUGACUCAGUACUAGCACCUCAUGAUGAACUGGCUGCACUGUAUCUUAAUACAGAAUCACAGGCAGGAAACAAAAAUAUAGAUGAAACAUUACCUAUAAUGGAAGUUGUUAAUGCAAUGAGAGACUGCCCUCACAGACCUAAUUGG